AUGGGAUGUCAAAUUAACAAACCUCAUAUUUAUUUUGAAGAUAAUCUUUCUUAAAUGUUAUAGAGACCUUAAGCAAAAGCAGAGUUUAUUGAAGUAAAAGUAAGCGAUCCAGGUGCACCUAUUAACUCAUUUUUGGUUGAAUGCGAUGACUGUUUUCUGGAUGAUGAUAUACGAAACAGCUAAGAUUAAUACAAAACCAAAAAUGAUUCUUCAAAUCUUGAAGAUAACAAAAAUACUUAAAGUUCAAAUUAUUUUCAUAUCAAACCACUUAAAGGUAUACUAAAAACUUAAACCAAACAGUCUAGAUCUUCUUCUAGAUAUUUUAAUGAAGAAGCUAAAUUUGUGAAGUUUCAACAUAACCAUAAUAAUUUCUCAUAACAAAAGAUGAAGGCUGUUAGAAAAAAUAAACAACCUAGAAAAAGUAGAAUCACUACUCUAUUCUGA